GGCAGACAUGAGGGCAUGGGGGAGACGUGGAAACGCUGGGAUGCUCCGGAAAUAGCAGACGACGGAGUCACGGAGCUGCUACGCUAUACUUCUGUCUUCCGGUCUCGCAAGAGAUCUCGUGCUCGCCGCAGGGUACGGUUGUUUACAAACAAACGCGCCUGUCGGCAACGUCUCUAUCUUGCAAUGUCAACAGACAGUGAUCUAAAGAAAGCUUUGGUGGAAGCGUUAGAGAACAAAGGCGCUCUGUCGCAACUGCGGGCUGUACUGCGAGCUGAAAUUUACAAAGUGCUCGAAGACGGUCCUCGUGAUCGUCCAGACCUGCCACACGUGAAUGUUCUUAUCAACGAACUUAUCUUGGAAUACCUCAACUACAAUGGUUACAGGCACACUGCUUCAGUUUUAGAAUCUGAGUCUGGACACACCUCAUGGACCCCAGUCAAUCGCCCAGUUCUCGAAGCACAACUGGGCAUAGCUUCAUCAACUACUAAGCUGCCACUAUUGUACACCAUGGUGUCCAAUCUUCAGAGCAACAGGCAGCCACCCUAACAGUCAGCACCACGUAGCUGUUAUCUUCCACUUUUCUCCUGGUUGUCAUCCUCGGAGGAACGCAAGUAGAUGGGCCUCGACGCUUUCCACAGCCUCUGUUGUGACUGCAUGUGCUUCGAGUGGGACGGACUCACCGAAUGGGUUGGCAAGUUGACGGGCCGUGGAUACGGGUUGUGAUAAUGCAGGGCUGUGAAAAUGAUUUAUGUGUGACAUUUUUGUUGGAUAAAUUGUACUCAGAGACAGUAGGUUUUGUGGACUCCAUGGUAAACAAGCCUGAUGCAUGGACACACAACAGCUUUACCUAAGUCAAGGCGAGUCUGCGCCUCUCUCAAGCAUUCCUUGAUUGUUUCCUCGUCUUUAAUCUGAAAGAAAACAUAUGUAUUGCACAUGUGUAUGAUAAUGUGUGUGAUAGUAUUCCAUUCUUUUAAUUAAACAUACUUUUUAACAGA